AUGACACACACUCGAGAAGAAGUUAGAGAGACGAAAAAGCAGAUCAGAUUGCUAGAAAUGGUAAAUGUACUGGAAUUCUUGGUGUCUGAAACUCUUGGUGGAAAAGAUCUCACCGCGUUCUGGAAUAAACUGUUUGUCAACAUUGAUGAUAUUCCUACGGAUGAAACUUACGAAGAAGGCAAGUUUAAGGUCCAGAUCACUGACCUUGAUAGGUUAGACCUUGAUGAAGAUGUCUAUGUAAGGCUUAUUCAAGAAUGGUCUGCGUUGGAAUAUCUUUUCGACCAACUGAUUGCUGUCCUUCCUGAAGAUCUGAAAAAUUUGGCUCGAAAGUUCUAUAUCAGAACCUGGGACAAAAGGAAGAAAUUUGAACGAGAACAUAAA